GAUAGCAACGUCAAACACGUCCCCACGUGCAUCACGCGCUGCUCGACGUGGAAAGGAGUCGCUACCACAUGCGCGGCAACAUGAGGAUCCCGUGGAACGUGUGGGAAUAACUGCACAUCGGGAGGCGCCGGAGGAACAGGAGACGACGGGGGGCGAGGCGGCUGCGGCCGAGGCGACAGGGGGAAGUGGCGCAAUGGGGUCUGAGACAGAGGUGGCCGCGACGGUUGAGGAUGCAGCUGCUGCGGGGCUGGAGGGGGUUGCUGCUGAGGCAACUGAGACGACGGCUGCUGUUGAGCCUGGUGGGCCUGACGCUGCCUCUGGCGGCGGCUCAGCCUCACCCUCUCCCAUCCCCCAGGCACGGCAACCGGGGGAGACGGGACCACGAGUGGCUCAGGAACCGACCGUGGCGGUGGAGCUGACGGCGUCACCGGAGCCUGUAACGGCGUCUGCACCGGCUGCGGUGGCGACUGCGGCGACAGGGGAACAGGGCGGAGCCCGGACCGAGGAGGAUGCGCCGGUCGCCGGUGCGGACGCCGAAACCUGUGUAGCUGCCGAAGGCGCAAGCACGCAGGGACACGACCUGGGGGGGAGCGGUAGACAGGGCCGCGGAGCUGACGGGACUGCCGGCGCCGCCCGCGGGAAAAUGGCGCCUCGAGCCCGGCCAGCACCGAGGCGGCCCGGAGUAGGGCUGGGACUUGGUCCCCCGGGACCCCUCCUGGGCUGGCUUCUGCAAGGGCAGUUGCCACAAGGGCAAGAGCGUCAUUUGCCAUCUGCGGGAACAAGUGACGGGAGAGGGGAAGCAAGCGACGGGAUCAGGCCCACACCCACACCGACCAUAGUGACAGGGAACACGAGGGCGGACCCUGCAAUGCAACAACCCCCGCGUCAAGAAUUGCGGAACUCGACAGGCGGAGAGGAGGGAACGACCACGGCUGCCGCCACGGCUCAACAGACUCCUCGGCGCGAAACCCGCAGUGCCACGAGGGCGCAAUGCAUCACCUGGGGCCAGCCAAGGGCUGGCCAGGCAACGCCGAUGGUGACACCGUGGAUCCCGGCGGGAGCACCGCAACGGGCGGGCCGAGUCGAGCAGAACACCGGCCUUCGGGGGGGAGAAAUGGCCCGCAGAGCAAGGGGAGGAGUGCGAGGGGCCAGAAGGGGACUCAGCGGGAGAGGCCCAAUUGUCGGCGGAAGGGCCGCGCUCGUGAGAACAGGAACGUGGCGGGAACGCCACGAGCGACCGGAGCAAGCGGAGCAUACACCGAAUCAAAACGACGAAGCUAAUGAAAACACCGAUGAGGGGGGUGAUUAUGUAGCUGAGUCGGCGGAACCAUCGGAGGAAAUCUCGUUGGAGGAGGAGGAGGGAACACACAUGACGAGAACAACUGGGGAGUGA